AUGGGGGGAGUCGCAGCAACCCGCUCUAGGCGGGGAGCAGCAGCAGCAGCGGCAGGCGCCGCAGCUGCCGUGCUGUUCCUAUUUGGCGGUGGCAGCAUCAGCAGCAGCAGCAGCAGCAGCAACAGCAGCAGCAGCAUAUUGUUCUGCGCAGCAGCUACAGACUCUACAGAUACUUCUUAUGCUGGUUCCUCUUCAGGCUUUCCCCCUCAAUCGGGUCUAUCUGAUCAGCUAUCUCAGCUUGUUUCUUCUGUCGCUCCUUUUGUAUCUCAGCUGCUUUCUGGUUCUGGUGGUGAUGGGGGUGAUGGGGGUACCGAUACAGCAGGCGGCGCGGGGGCCCUGGGUGCUUUGUAUGAGAUGGGUAGAAAGGCUGCGGGGGCCCUAUCAACGUCUCUCGCCUCUGACGAUGCAAGAGAAGGAAUGUGGGUGCCGCUGCACGAGCAGAUAGGGGUAGCCCGGGACAUGCUGGGGCUGCCGGGUGACGAUGCUCAGGGGGUGCGCAGCGCCGCGCGGCUGCUGCUGGCGGCGCAGCUACCUAUUGCUCGCUUUGCUGCAGAGAGAGAAGCAUGCACUGAUGAGGAAGCAGAUAGCCGGGCUCUUAAGAUUGUUACUGAAUACCCCACAACAAAAAAGAUGUUGCAGGACUACAUGGAGCAGAAGCCGGAUAGAAACAUCCGCGCUGCUCCUGCUGACCUGCUGCGGCUGCACGGGGCGAUGAAGGAGCACCUGCGUGCGUUUCGUGCUGCAGCAGCAAACAACAUAUUGCCUGUAUCUAUACUGGGGGCCCUCGAUUCUCUGAGUGCCGAAGCAGCAGCAAAAGCAACAGGAUACAUAGCUACGGUGUCUAGGUAUCUUAUGUUUAGAGAUAGAUUCAAUAAAAACAAAAGAGGGUUAUCUUUCUUUGCUCGGCAUGUGCUGCCGCGGCUGCUGCAGCUGUUUGCGCUGCAGCUCGAUGCAUGCAGACAUCUUUGGCGUUUUCUUUCUUUUGUUUCUCCCCAUGAAACCAGUAUCUCUCCUGUAUCUUUUAAGCCCCCAUUACCCCCUGCAGGUGCAGCAGCAGCAGCAGCAGCAGCAGCAGCAGCAGCAAAUGCAGCAGCAUCAGCAACAGCAGCAGCAGCAGCAGCAGCAUCAGGAGCAGCAGGAUCAUCAGGCCCCUCUCCAUACUCUUCUUCUCUCCCUACCCCACUAACUAUACACGAUGCAGAGACGGGGGGCCCCCUGGGGGGCCCCCUAAGAACCAUAGCACAGAACCUAGGCUUCGCGGUGCCGGCUGUACCGCAUGCAGCAGCACGGGGCUUCGGCCGCAGGCUGCUGGCGCGUGUACAAAUACAUAUAGGGGCUCUGCAUGCACUGGCUCAGGGUUGUCUUGCUGCUACAGCUUUAUCCUUUCAGAGAGAAUACGCAGAAGCAGAAGACAAGGUGGAGCUGGGGGAGGCCCCUGCUGCUGCUUUUUUAUCUCUUAAGGACCAGAGCGAGCGUAUACUGUCGCAGCAGCAAACAGAAGAAAAAGAAACAGAAAAAAAUAAUACACACGAAAAAAAAAAAAAUACACAUAGACUCAGAGCACUCAAUAGAAAAACGCAUGCAGCACCGGGUGUAUCGGCAACUGCUGCUGCUGCUGCUGAUGCUGCUGCUGCUGCUGCACCAGCUGCUGCUGCUGCUGCUGCUGCAGCGGGAACAAAUGAUGCUGCUGCUGGCAGCACACAGACAAACGCUGCACCAACUGCUGAUGAAUCAUCUGAGGCAUCAACCACAGCAGCAGCAGGAGCAGCAGCAAGAGCAGCAGCAAAAGCAGCAGCAGGAGCAGCAGCAGGAGCAGCAGCAAAAGCAGCAGCACCGCCAGAGACAGAAGAGACUGACAAACGAUAG